AUGCGGAUCCCAACCAUUGACCUGAGAGUAGCUGCUCUCUUAUAUUGCAUAACACUUAGCACUUGCUCGAUACUCCUAAGCGGCGGAACCAUCAUCUCAUUCGACGACGCAACUUCCUGCCUCAGAAUAAUUGAGAAUGGCUCACUUCUCAUCACUGACGACCGAAUCACCUCAAUCUUCGACACCUCCACACCUCCUAACAUACCACCAGGCACGGAGAUUAUAGACUGCAUAAACAAAAUCAUAUCCCCAGGAUUCGUAGACACCCAUCGACACGGCUGGCAAACUGUCUUCAAAACUCUGGGUUCAAACACUACAUUAGCAGAAUACCUUCUCCGCUACGGUUCUGGCGUUGCGGCACCCCUUUUCUCACCUGACGACUUAUAUAUCAGUCAACUCACUGGAAUAUAUGAAGCUCUAAACGCUGGAGUCACAACGAUACUAGAUCAUGCACAUCAUACAUGGACGCCUGAACACGCAGCUAUGGGACUGAAAGCCUCAGCUGAUAGCGGUGCUCGAGUGUUUUUUGGUUAUGCUUUCCAAAAUUCUUCGGCUGACUUUGGCGUUCCGGAACAGAUUGCUCAGUGGAAGAAUUUGAAAUCGAGUUUCGAGAGUAACACGACUGAUUUGGUUAUUGCGUAUGAUGAUUGGAGUGGGAAUCCCGCUGGGGAAAAUACGAGGGCUGUUAUUGACUUGAUAAACACAAGCAACGUCUCAGUCCUAACAACCCACUCCCUUGAAGGACCUUGGCUAUUCGGCAACACCCCCACGACCCUCGCAACCCUCAACAUCCUCAACACCACCACCGCCACAAUAAUGUCCCACGCAUCCUACCUCACCCCCCGCGACGCCCUCCUUCUCCGCACCUACAACAAACACAUCUCCAUAACCCCCGAAUCAGAAAUGCACCACGGCUUCCUGCACCCAACCUCACACUUGAUCCUCGAUCAAGCAUCCUUAGGCGUAGACACCCAUUUCACAUUCUCCACCGAUAUCCUCUCGCAGGCACGUCUCUGGCUGCAGACGACCCGUGCCUUAAUCUAUCAGUCUGUGGCUGAUCGCUGGGAAAUCCCAUCCAAAUCCCCGUUUUCCGUGACCCAGGCGUUCCUGCUAGCGACGCGUAACGGCGGACUAGCGCUCGGUCGUCCAGAUCUCGGCGUCAUUUCUGUCGGGGCGAAAGCUGAUCUUGUCAUUUUCGACGGUAGGUCCCCGGCGUUGCUAGGGUGGAGAGACGCGGUCGCGGCUGUGAUAUUGCAUGCGGGGGUGGGUGAUAUGGAGAGCGUGCUUGUGGAUGGGGAGUUUGUGAAGCGCGAGGGGAAGUUGGUCGUGGAUGGGUAUGAGGGGGUUAAGACGCGGUUUUUGGAGGCGGCGGGGAGGAUUCAAGAUGUGCUUGAGAAGACGCCGUUGCCGGCUCAGGAGGGAAGUGUUAUUCCGGGGUAUACUUAUGGGUAUAUCCCGCAGGCUGACGUGGUUAGGGGGGAGGGGACGGGAUAUUGA